AUGCUGAAGGAGCAAGCAUUAUUGAUGAGGUCAUCUAAUGAAUCUUCGGCAAUGCCGAGGGCUGAGGAGAAGAUGGAGGGGGAUCAGGAGCGGAAGGAGGAGCAACUAGAGGAGGAUAAGGGAGAGGAGGAGGAGGAUAAGGGAGAGGAGGAGCAGCAGCAGCAGCAGGAGGAUAAGGCAGAGGAGGAGGAUGAUAAGGCAGAUAAUGAGAUGCAGCAGCAGGAGGAUAAGGCAGAGGAGGAGGAGGAUAAGGCAGAGGAGGAGGAGAAGCAGCUGGAGGAGGAGAAUAAGGGGGAGGAGGAGGAGCAGCAGCAGCAGCAGCAGGAGGAUAAGGCAGAGAAGGAGGAGCAGCAGAAGGAGGAGGAUAAGGUAGAGGAGGAGGAGAAACAGCGGGAGGAGGAGGAUAAGGCAGAGGAGGAGGAAAAGCAGCAGCAGGAGGAGGAUAAGGGAGAGGAGGAGGAGGGGCAGCAGCAGGAGGAGGAUAAGGCAGAGGAGGAGGAGGAGAAGCAGCUGGAGGAGGAUAAGGGAGAGGAGGAGCAGCAGCAGGAGAAGAAAGAUAAGGGAGAGAAGGAGGAGGAGGAGCAGCAGCAGCAGCAGGAGGAGGAUAUUGCAAAGGAGGAGGAGCAGCAGCAGGAGGAGGAUAAGGCAGAGGGGGAGGAGGAGGAGAAGCCGCAGCAGCAGGAGGAGGAGAAGGAGCAGCUGCAAAAUCAGCAGCAACAUGAGGAGGAGGAUCGGAAAAAGGUGGAGGAAGAGCAACAGCAGCAGCAGGAUAAGGGAGAGGAGGAGGAUAAGCAACAGAAAGAGGAUAAGGAGAAGCAGCAGCAGGAGAAGGAUAAUGGAAAGGAGGAGGAGGAGAAGAAGCAGCAGCAGCAGGAGGAAGAGAAGGAGCAGCUGCAAAAUCAGCAGCAGCAUGAGGAGGAGGAUAGGAAAGAGGUGGAGGAAGACCAACAGCAGCAGCAGGAUAAGGGAGAGGAGGAUGAUAAGCAGCAGAAAGAGGAUAAGGAGAAGCAGCAGCAGGAGAAGGAUAAGGGAAAGGAGGAGGAGGAGAAGAAGCAGCAGCAGGAUGAUAAGGGAGAGGAGGAGGAGAAACGGCUCGUGAUCAUGCAGCCGCCAUUAGGGGGUUAA